ACUUGGAAAAGAAGAAACAUGGCUUCCAACACGGCGAACCCUGCUAACCAUUUGCCAUACUUCUUUGGCAAUAUUACACGUGAAGAAGCUGAGGAGUAUCUCAUGCAAGGAGGAUUGAGUGAUGGACUAUACUUGCUCCGCCAAAGCCGGAAUUACCUGGGAGGCUUUGCCUUAUCUUUGGCCCAUGGAAGGAAGGUUCAUCAUUAUACGAUUGAAAGGGAGCUGAGUGGCUCCUAUGCUAUUGCAGGAGGCAAGUCGCAUGCUAGUCCUGCGGAACUCAUUAACUAUCACUCAGAGGAAGCUGAUGGCCUUAUCUGUCUGCUGAGGAAACCUUUCAACCGCCCACCAGGCGUUGAGCCCAAAACAGGACCCUUUGAAGAUUUAAAAGAGAACCUCAUCAGAGAGUAUGUCAAACAAACUUGGAAUUUGCAGGGGCAUGCUCUUGAACAAGCUAUCAUUAGUCAAAAGCCUCAGCUGGAGAAGUUGAUUGCCACUACCGCCCAUGAGAAGAUGCCGUGGUUCCACGGGAGGAUCUCUCGGGAAGAGUCAGAACACCGUAUCCUCAUGGGGUCAAGAAACAAUGGAAAAUUUCUUAUCCGAGAAAGGGACAGCAAUGGUUCCUAUGCCCUGUGUCUGCUGAAUGAUGGAAAAGUACUGCAUUACCGUAUUGAUAGAGAUAAGACAGGAAAGCUCUCCAUACCGGAUGGAAAAAGAUUUGACACCCUCUGGCAGUUAGUUGAGCAUUAUUCAUACAAACCAGAUGGAUUAUUAAGGGUUCUUACCAUUCCCUGUCCACAACUGGGCUCAGAAAAUGAAGGCUUACAGUCACAUCCUGCUACACAUACCCUUCCACGUAGUUGGGCAGGAGGUGGAAUUAUCUCAAGACUCAAAUCGUACACCUUCCCAAAGGCUGGCAGCAAAAAGCUUCAAACAACAAUUGGCCACCCACCUGAUGAAGCACCUUUUAAUCCUUAUGUGCUGCAAAGGAGGAGAGGUCUUCCAGGAGCAGAAAAAGGUGGUCAGAGAGAGGCCUUACCCAUGGAUACUGAGGUCUAUGAAAGUCCAUAUGCUGAUCCAGAUGAAAUGAAACCAAAAAAUGUCACUCUUGACAGGAAUUUGUUAACCUUGGAGGAAGGAGAACUUGGCUCUGGCAACUUUGGUACUGUAAAGAAAGGGUUCUAUAAGAUGAAAAAGGGUGCCAAGCCAGUGGCUGUAAAAAUUCUUAAGAAUGAGAGCAAUGAUCCAGCCAUAAAGGAUGAAUUACUGAGAGAAGCUAAUGUAAUGCAACAGCUGGAUAACCCAUAUAUUGUCCGAAUGAUAGGUAUAUGUGAAGCUGAGGCCUGGAUGUUAGUAAUGGAAAUGGCUGAACUUGGUCCGUUGAACAAAUUUUUGCAAAAAAAUAGACAUGUCACGGAGAAGAAUAUAACAGAGCUGGUACAUCAGGUUUCCAUGGGGAUGAAAUACCUGGAGGAGAAUAACUUUGUUCACAGGGAUCUGGCUGCAAGGAACGUGCUAUUAGUCACCCAACAUUAUGCCAAAAUUAGUGACUUCGGACUUUCUAAAGCUCUUAAUGCUGAUGAAAAUUACUAUAAGGCACAAAGUCAUGGAAAGUGGCCAGUCAAGUGGUACGCUCCAGAAUGCAUGAAUUUCUAUAAAUUUUCUAGCAAAAGUGAUGUCUGGAGCUUUGGGGUUUUAAUGUGGGAAGCUUUCUCUUAUGGGCAAAAACCAUAUAAGGGAAUGAAAGGUGGUGAAGUUGCACAGAUGAUUGAAAGAGGAGAACGAAUGGAACGUCCUGAAGUCUGUCCAACAGAAGUCUAUGACCUAAUGAAAUUGUGUUGGACAUACAGUGUUGAUGACCGACCAGGAUUUGUUGCAGUAGAGAUGAGAUUGCGUAACUACUAUUAUGACAUUUCCCAUUAA